GAGCUCGGCGGUUUGGUUUGCAUUCGUAUUGAACUAGAUCUGCUCGAUCAUGUCGCGAUUUCUUCUGCUUUUCUCCCAAAUCAUCUUGAUACUCUCGGCGAGAGUCUCGUCGGAGAAGAAGGAACCAACUUGCCGGCUCAUGGACGCUUACAACGUUUGUUAUUACAAAGGAGUACUCGUCGAGGUUACGCAGCGUUAUUUCGAGGAUCGAUUGGAUCUGAACGACUUGGAUCUUCUGGCGAUUCGCGAGGAUGCUUUCAAAAAUGUGACAGCGACGCACUUGUAUCUGAAUCAGAACAACCGAAUAUCCGUGCUAAAGAGAGGAUCCUUCCGUGGUCUGCCAAAGUUGGAGCGUCUCCAUUUAGACGAUAACGUGGUGUCGUUGUCGGAGCAUUUGUUCGCGGAAUUGGGACACUUGCAGUCGCUAUCGUUGGUCUUCAACAGGAUCAAUUCGAUACCGAGGGACUCGUUUGCCGGUCUGUCGAGCUUAAUGUGGUUGUACCUGGGUCACAACGACAUCCCGGCGAUCGAGGAGGAAUCCUUCUCCAAUCUGAAUCCCGGACUGCUGUACCUGUGGCUCAACGACAAUAAAAUUGCCCGUGUAGCCCCAGGUUCCUUCGCCGGGUUAAUCGAACUGAAUCGUCUCCAUUUGGAUCACAAUCAGCUGGAAAGCUUGCCGAGCGGUGCCUUUCGAGGAUUGAACAAGUUGGAGGAUCUCUACUUAAAUAACAAUCGGAUAACAAGCGUCUCCGAAGCGCUUCUUCGUGACCUAGUCGGUCUGAAGAGACUUUAUCUUCAACGGAACGAGAUCAGCACCCUCGAGCCGGGAACGUUUCAUGGGCUGUUACAGCUGGAGCAACUGCGAUUGGAUGGAAACAAACUGUCUCGCAUUGCAGUCGGUACUUUUACAGGUCUCCUUAAGUUGGAAGAUCUCAAUCUGUCCGAUAAUAACAUCCAUACGAUGGAUAAUGGCGCUUUCACUGAUGUCGUCGAAUUGCGGAACCUUUACUUCAGCGGCAACAACGUCACCGAAAUCGAUAAGAAGAUCAGCGGACUCCCAUCUGAGGUUACUGUCAUAUAGACGCUUUAGGGAUUUGUUUGUAUUCCGACAUAUAGAAUCCCUCUGCAGCAUUGAGAAAGAAAAUAGUCCUUGUUUCGUUUUCGUGAUCGCAAUCUCGUGUCAUGUACUCGGGAUAUUAAGACGCAAUUUUUAUAUUCAUGUUAUAUCGAAAAAAUAAAUCAAAGUUAAUAAAAUCCAGUUCAAUUGUAAAAUAGAUCGAGUAAGCGAGAGCGCCGAUUUUUUUGCAGUAGCUUUUUGAAGCAUGUCUUAUUGGAAACGUAUAAGAGGAAAUAAGAAAGAAUAUUGUAUGUUGUGUAUUGUACCGAGACACAUCUCCUCACCUAAUAAUAUAUAUUGCGUCAUAUAUUU